CUUUCAUUUAGACUUUGAUAAAUAUAAAUGUAACGUACCCAGCGCAAGAAAAGUUGUUUGGAAUCAAAGAUGUAACCAAUCCACAUUUUAUCCAGAAAUGUUUGCUUAGAGGAGCACUAAAGUGUGAUGGCUUUCAAACAAGUUCUGGUUGUCUUUGUUUGUCUUCUUGUACAGCAGUUUGAAGCUGCUGUGCAAGGCAUUUGGGAGGAAUGUAGUUUAUCUUGUGGUGGUGGUGUACAAAGAAAGAAAGGAAUGAGAAAUGAAACAAGAAUGUGUAAUCUUAUUAACUGCCCAGGUGAUGCAGGAUGUUUAACUGUUCACUAUACAUUUGACACGUUAAUGGAAGGGAGUGCUUACGACACAACAAACAACGGAAAUCACGGGACAAUAAACGGUGCAGCAAAACUUGACAACAACGGAAAAUUUGCGAAAUGUUUACACUUGCCUAAACACUCUAAUAUCUCACUUGGUUCAAAGGGGUUUCACAAUAGACCAAUAAUGGCUAUUACUAUUGCAUUAUGGGUUAAGUUAGCGUCAUCAAGUGGACAACAUGAACUUUUUCAUACAUGUGCGUCAGAUGAGACCAAUGGAAACGCUCAGUUUCAUUUUGAAAUUAAUGACGGAAAAGUUCGUUGGUCUCACAAGGACCAUAUGAAAAGAACGGUGUUCAAUGUUUUAUCAGAAUCAAUAAUCGUAGCGAAUACAUGGACUCACGUGGCAGGGACGUAUCGCACGUCCACCAGAAUGGCUAAAAUUUACAUCAAUGGAAAGCAGGGCAGACUAAUUGCAAACUCACAAUUGACCAAGUUUGGAAAAAAUGCUGGAGUUGAUGGUCUUUCCCCUGACUGGGGUUGUGUUAAUAUUGGCGAUUACAAAAAUGAGAGACCUUUAGAUGGAUAUUUAGAUGAUUUCUUCAUUUUUAAAUGUGAACUUAUGGAAUUGGAGAUUUUGGAUUUGUAUCAAAGUGGGUUAUUUAAAAGACAUGGAAUUCCAACACCGUAGUGC